AUGGCCGUGGCUCCAGAGACCGAGCCCGCUGGGAAGGAGAAAACCACCCCGAGACCUGGAGCGCCAGGGCCGGGCGUGCUGGCGGAAGGGACGCUGUCUGUCGUCGUCUCCGGCUGCAACACCUCUGCCUCCACCCCAGCUACUUUUACUCUGAACAGAGUGUGCUUUCCCACGUCUCAGGCCCCUGCUAUGCAAAAAAUGCCCCUGUCCUUUCAGGCCGGGGCGGUUCUGAGCCCGAGCCAGUCGCUGGUGUACAUCCCACCCCCCCGCUGCGGGCAGUCCCCUCCGCAGCUCGAGCGUGAGAUGGUCUCCUCUCCGGAGUGCAGCGAGAUGCCGCUCGAUCUCUCCUCCAAGUCCAAUCGUCAGAAACUGCCUCCGCCCAGUCAGCGCAAGACACCUCCUAUGCCCAUCCUGACGCCCGUGCACACCAGCGGCAAGGCGCUUCUCACCACGGUCCUCUCCAAGUCCCAGCGCGCGGCCCAGGCUGCGGGCAGCAGCGUCACCUCGUGCCUCGGCAGCACCACCCCUCCCUUGGUCAUCUUCCCUGAGUUCCUGCGCAACGGCGAGCAGGGCUCCUGGGUGAAGAACACCACGCUCAUCAGCACCAUUCCGGGCACCUACGUCGGCGUCGCCAACCCGGUGCCUGCCUCGCUGCUGCUCAGCAAGGACCCCGGAGUGAGCUUCAGCAGGGACCCGCGCCACCUUCCCAAGCAGGAGCCCAUUUCCAUCAUCGAUCAGGGGGACCCUCGCAGCGCCGGGGUUCCCUGUGGGAAGAAAGCCAGCCAGGUCAGCACAGAAGGACAGCAGGAUCCUGCCAGGAGACUUCUUCAUGGCAGAGUUGCUCCAGGAGCUCCUCUGUGUCAGUCCAAGGACAUCUCCACCUGGAAUCCCGGCCAGGGAAGCGUGUACCCACGAUGCCCCGUGAAUGGGAAACCUUCCAAUCCUCAGCUUCUGCCUCUCGGCUGGUCUCCUUAUCAUCAGACCCCCCUGCUUUCCAUUGGCAUCUCCACGACGGGGCAGCUGCCCCCAAACCCCAGCAGCUCCUGCAAGCCAGCUGGUGCCGGCGAGCUCCCGACAUUCCCGAGCUGGCGAAAACACCAUGACAAUCCUCACGAACUCGGCAGGCGAGAAGGCCGAACCGGCCUGGGCUCGGUGAAGGAUCACAACAGCCUCAGGGUAAAGCGUAAGCGCAGGAGGCCGGCGAAGACGGAGUUCCCAUCUCCGGCACGCCGCGGGGACAGCCACGAGGAAGGUUACCUGGAGAAGAAGCCCAAGAACAACUUUCGGGAUUUCAUUCCGGUGGUGCUGAGCAGCCGGACGCGCAGUCAGUCGGGAAGCAUCGCUGGCUCUUCUGCUGGUGUGACGGGAGAGUGUGAUGUGACUGGUCAAGAGAUUUUACCGUUGCUGGAGGAGGAUCAGGAAGAAGAGGAGGAGGAAGAGGAGGAGGAGACAUCCUUGAAACGUCGCAAGCUGCGAAAAUCCCACAGGACAUCGCGCUAUCACAGUCGCAGGGCCAGGGACAGGUCUCUGUCCGAGAGGAGCGGCUGUUACACAAGGAGGACCCGGGAGCUGCCCUGGAGAGUGGAAUCGCCCAGGCAGCUGUGGGAGCCCAACGAGGAGGAAGAAGAUGACAGCCACAUCAAAAGGAAGAAAAGGAGACGACAGAAAAGUCGGAAAUACCAGACAGGAGAAUAUUUGACUGAGCGAGAGGAGGAGCGGGUGGGCUACCCCCACAGGAGGCGAAAAUCCAAAGCAGAUUUUAGGUACCGGAAGCAGAAGGAGUCCGUGCAGGGUAAAGGCACAGAGCUGCGGCUGAGGAGCCGGCUUUCCCCAUCCCCCCGAAAAUCUCAAGGACACCCAGACUUUCGGAAUGGCUUCUUCCUGGAGCACUCUGACAGCUCUCCCAUCCAAGAAGAGCUGGAGAAACCAUCAGGAAAACGCAAAUGUAAAACCAAGCACCUGGCAGGGAUCUGUGACGAGGGGAAGGACGUGGUGCUGUACUGCCUGCAGAAGAAGAGCAGUGACGUGAACCAUCGUGACAACGCUGGCUACACGGCACUGCACGAAGCCUGUGCGCGAGGCUGGAUCGACAUCCUCCACAUUCUGCUGGAGCACGGCGCCAACGUGAACUGCAGCGCGCAGGACGGCACAAGGCCUGUCCACGAUGCAGUAGCAAAUGACAACCUGGAAACCAUGUGGCUUCUACUCUCCUAUGGUGCUGAUCCCACUCUGGCCACUUACUCUGGGCAGACAGCAGUGAAGCUUGCCACCAGCGAAGUGAUGAAGCGCUUCCUCUGCGAUUACCUUUCGGAUCUCGAGGGGCGCGCUGACGGGGAUCCUCGAACAGCGUGGGACUUCUACAGCAGCUCUGUGCUCGAGGGGAAGGACAGCAUUGGAUGCGAUCUUCUGCUCAACCCUCCAGGAAGUUCAGACCAGGAGGAAGAGGAGCAAGACGCAGACAACUUCAUGUUCGAGUUCUCGGACAAGCCGCUGCUUCCCAGCUACAACCUCCAAGUGUCAGUCUCCCGGGGGUGA